AUGAAUAACUUAAGCUGUUAUAACCCUGGUUCAUUUAUCCUUGUUGGCAUACCUGGCCUGGAGAAGAUCCACGUCUGGAUUGGGAUUCCCUUUUGUAUCAUCUAUGUUGUGGCUGUUUCAGGAAAUUGCAUCCUCCUCUACCUCAUUGCAGUUGAGCACAGCCUCCAUGAGCCCAUGUUUUUCUUUCUUUCUCUGCUGGCCACUACAGACCUCAUCUUAUCCACUGCCACAGUGCCCAAACUGCUCAGUAACCUCUGGCUUGGCUCCCAGGAAAUAACCUUCUCUGGUUGUCUCACCCAGAUGUUCUUCCUUCACUUCAGCUUUGUAGUGGAGUCCGCCAUCCUGUUGGCUAUGGCAUUUGAUCUCUACGUGGCCAUCUGCUUCCCCUUGAGAUAUAACACCAUCAUGACUCCGCAGGUGAUCAUUAAGCUCGUGGUGAGCAUUGUUGUUAGGAGCUUCUCUGUGAUCCUUCCAGAUGUUUUUCUGCUGAAACGGCUGCCCUUCUGUAGGACAAGGAUCAUCCCACACACAUACUGUGAGCAUAUUGGGGUUGCACGGCUUUCUUCUGCUGACAUUUCCAUCAACAUCUGGUAUGGAUUUGCUGUACCACUCAUGACUGUCAUCUCAGAUGUAAUUUUUAUUGCUGUUUCCUACAUCUUCAUCCUUCAUGCUGUCUUUCAGCUUUCAUGUCAGGGUGCCCGCCAAAAGGCCCUUAACACCUGUGGAUCUCAUGUCUGUGUCAUCCUCAUGUUUUACACACCUGCCUUUUUCUCCAUCCUUGCUCAUCGCUUUGGGCACAGUGUCCCUAGACAUGUGCUUAUUCUAUUUGCCAACCUCUAUGUGGCCAUCCCUCCUGCUCUAAAUCCUAUCAUUUAUGGAGUGAAGACCAAGCAGAUCCAGGAUAUAUUUAUUUUUCUCUUUUCUUUGAAGAAAAUGCAGUGA